AUGAAGUUCCUCACCGGCCUCUCCUGCUUCGCUGCUGUUGCCAGCGCCGUUGUCGUCGAUCUCAACAAGCGCGACAGCCCCCUCGAUGUCAAGAUCGAGUCCACUGGCAACACCGCCAUCAAGGCAAGCAUCACCAACACCGGUGCCUCUGACCUCAAGGUCCUGAAGGCUGGUUCCAUUCUCGACAAGCUCGCUGUCGAGAAGGCUGAGGUCUUUGCUGGCUCCGACAAGGUCGAGUUCGACGGUAUCCGCCUUCGUCUCGGCACCAAUGGCCUUCCCGAGGAUGCCUUCCAGGUCAUCUCCGCCGGCGAGACCGUCUCUGUCGAGUGGAACUACGGUGAAGUCCACGACCUCAGCGUCGGUGGCAAGGUUGAUGUCGCCGCCAAGGGCGCUCUCUCCAUCGCCGAGGUCGGCAGCAACGACAUCACCAGCACCGCCUCCUUCAGCUCAAACGUCCUGAGCGUCGAGGUUGACGGCGCCGCCGCCUCCAAGGUCCGCCGCGACUUCCGCGAGAACGUCAAGCGCACCGUCGUCCAGUCCGACUGCACCGGCACCCAGCGCACCGCUACCACCACCGCUCUCUCCAACUGCCGUGCCCUCGCUGCCGCUGCUUCCUCCGCCGCCUCCACUGGCGCCGCUGCCAAGAUGGUCGAGUACUUCAAGUCCUCUUCCACCGCUACCCGUACCACUGUCGCUGGCGUCUUUGCCAAGGUCGCCACCGAGUGCGGCAGCACCACCUCUGGUGUCUCCAAGCAGUACUGCACCGAUAUCUACCCUGCUUGCUCUUCCGGUGUCAUCGCCUACACUCUUCCCUCCGCUUCCUACAUGGUCAACUGCCCCUACUUCUUCAACAGCCUUACCGCUCUCUCCAGCACCUGCCACGCUCAGGACCGUGCCACCACUGCCCUCCACGAGGUCACCCACUUGACCCAGAUCAAGGGCACCACCGACCAGAGCUCCUGCUACGGUUACAGCUGUGUCCAGAGCUUGACCGCUGCCCAGAACCUGAACCACGCCGACACCUACGCCCUCUUCGCCAACGCCAUCUACGUCGGCUGCUAA